CAUACGAGGGUUGUUGAGUGAAGAUGAUCUAUGAUGUGAACUCUGUUCUUUUCAGAUCUUUUCUGAGCCAAAAGGGUGGCUCCUCCGACAAAAGGAAAGGUGACGACAAGCCAAGAGAACAGAAGCCCAAAGCCAGCGACAACAAACCUGUUAUGAAUGAAUGAAUGAAUGAAUAGAUCUGCUUGUAAUUUUGCUUUUACCUCUUCUGAUAUUUCAGUUGUAAGGAUCAUCAUUUUAAUGAAAAUUUAAGUUCCUUUCCUUUGAAA